AUGGAGGAGGAGGUCAGUGAAGGAGGAGGUCAGAGAUGGAGGAGGUCAGAGAUGGAGGAGGUCAGAGAAGAUGGAGGAGGUCAGAAAUGGAGGAGGUCAGUGAUGGAGGAGGUCACUGAUGGAGGAGGUCAGAGAUGGAGGAGGUCAGAGAUGAUGGAGGUCAGAGAUGGAGGAGGUCAGAGAUGGAGGAGGUCAGAGAUGGAGGAGGUCACUGAUGGAGGAGGUCAGAGAUGGAGGUCAGAGAUGGAGGAGGUCAGAGAUGGAGGAGUGAAGGAGGAGGUCAGAGAUGGAGGAGGUCAGAGAUGGAGGAGGUCAGAGAUGAUGGAGGAGGUCAGAGAUGAUGGAGGAGGUCAGAGAUGGAGGAGGUCAGAGAUGAUGGAGGAGGUCAGAGAUGAUGGAGGAGGUCAGAGAUGGAGGAGGUCAGAGAUGGAGGAGGUCAGUGAAGGAGGAGGUCAGAGAUGGAGGAGGUCAGUGAAGGAGGAGGUCAGUGAUGGAGGAGGUCAGUGA